AUGGGAGUUUGUACUUCUUCAUCUUCUAAAAAUAAUUAGUAACAAUAGAAAGCCAAAACAGAAACCAAAAUAAAUCAAUAAUUUUCAUUGAUAGGUGAAUAGAAGAAUAGUAUAAAUCAAUUCCAAGAGAACCAAAGAACUAUUACACCUAUAAGGAGGCUAUCCCAAAAUUAAAAUAUAACUCCAGUAUAGAUGAAUUCAGCUAAAAAUGGUACUAUGGCUAUUAGAAGAACAUCUCACGCAACAACAAUGACAACUAAGACAAUGAUCAUUUAGUCUUCAUAAAUAUAAGAGUAAUAAAAAACGGGAUCACUCUCAAAUCUUACUUAUUAAAGAAGCAACAAUAAAUAAGUGACCAAAACAUUGUUAGUGUCAGCCUCUAAAAACUUUUCAAUCGUUUCAAGCAAAAAUUUAGGUAUAUGAAUAUAUUACAUAGCAGACAAUUAAGGCAAAACGGUUAUGCAACACAAUGAAACAGGUUAAUUAGUUUAAAUUGAAGUACUCAAGUUUGAUACUAAAAAUCACGAAUACUUAAAUAAAUUGGAAGAAAUUAAGUUGGUAAGGAAAUUAAUAACUUAGGAUAAUAUGCACAUUGUAAAAAUUAUAGACACUCUUGUAGAUCAUAAUAAAAGAAUUUAUUAAGUAAUGUAUGAAUGCUGUGCUGGAGGAUCUUUGUCAAAACUUUUUGGUUGUAGUAAGUAGAGUGAUAAAAAAAUAGGGAUUAUAUUUUAUUAAAUGAUAGAAGCAUUAGCUUAUAUACAUUCUUAAGGAUUAAGUCAUGAUGAAUUAACUAUUGAUAGUUUUUCAGUAUUUGAUGACUCUUCUACUCCAUUUAUAAAGUUAUCAGAUAUUAGAAGCAUAUAUUAAUUGAUGUAUCCAAAAGAGGCACAUUUAUAUUCAGAUCCACUUUCUUAAAAGCACUAAAAUCAUAAACCAAAAAAUAAACAUCAUCAUGAUGCUAACUAAAAUGAAAUUAAGACAAGAAAUAAAUGUAAUGAUGUUUGGGCAUUAGCAAUAAUAAUUUUGUAAUUAAGAAAUAAAGAAUUACCUUAUAAUAUUUAAGAAAUUGAUUCAUUUGAUCCUCAAGAAUAUUUAAAUAAUCAUCCUUCAGAGAUGAAUUCACUUUUAUUAGAAAUGUUACGUAUUAAUCGGAAUGAUAGAAUUACAUUAAAAAAAUGUUUAGAACAUCCAUUUUUAAUUAAGAUGAAAUAAGUUUAACCAUAAGAUUUAUUAUAACCCUUAAAAAAUAUGAUAAAAUGCAAGAAUAUGACUUAUAUCCAUAAAUGCAUAUUUUAAUAUCUUCUUCAUAAUUAUGCAAAUGAUCAUUUAAAAGUUUUGACAAAAUUAUUUAUCACAGCUGAUACAAAUAAAGAUGGAAGUUUGAGUUUAUAAGAAUUAAAAGAAUUAUUUUCAAUUGAGGGAAAGGAUUUAAUUGAACAAUUAGAUUUAUAAAAAGAAUUAACUUUAGAUGAAUUUUUACUAUUAGCAUCAAAUAAAGACAUAAUUUUAACUUAAGAUAUUUAAGAAUCCAGUUUUAAAUAAUUAUCCAGAUAAUCAAAUCUAAUCACUUUAAAAUCAAUGUGUAAAUUCUUAAACAAUUAUGAUGAAUAAUUGAUUCAAAAAGAUUUUAAUACAUUCAAUCUUAAUGAUGGAGUAAGAAUAUUAUUAUAUAAAUUUUAUAGAUAAAUCUAAAAGAAUAUAGAGAGUUCUUAAUUAAUUAUGAAACUCCAAUCCCCAUAGUUUGA